AUGGUGCCGACCCAACUUGACAGAGACGAGGACAGAGUGGACUGUUCAGAGGCAGACACAUCUCCUGCCAGACACAGGCUGGCGGACGCGGCCAUGGCGUUCACCUUUGCGGCCUUCUGCUACAUGCUCACCUUGGUGCUGUGCGCUGGCCUCAUCUUCAUCGUCAUAUGGCAGAUCAUUGCAUUUGAUGAACUCCGCACAGACUUCAAAAACCCCAUUGAUCAGAGCAAUCCAACCAGAGCGAGGGAGAGGAUCCUCAACAUCGAAAGGAUCUGCAACCUGCUUCGCAGAUUGGUGGUCCCGGAGUACUCCAUCCACGGGCUCUUCUGCCUGAUGUUCAUGUGCGCUGGAGAAUGGGUCACACUUGGCCUAAAUAUCCCGCUACUCCUCUACCAUCUGUGGAGGUUUUUUCAUCGGCCAGCUGACGGAUCAGAGGUGAUGUACGAUCCUGUCAGCGUGAUGAAUGCCGACAUCCUCAACUACUGUCAGAAGGAGUCCUGGUGUAAGAUGGGCUUUUAUUUGGUCUCUUUCUUCUAUUAUCUCUAUAGUAUGGUCCUCGCCCUGGUGAGCUUCUAAUAACUUCUAACUUCUGAAGACAUGAAACAAAGGAUCAUAAAGAAAGACAAAGAAACGACCAAAUGGAGAAAAACUUUUCUCAUCUCCUUGCACCCUUAUUUUCUCUAGCUUUGGUUUUUGGCGUCUCACUUGGACAAAUUAAGACCAAUCAGAGUGAAUGUGAGUGUGAUGGUCUUGCCUGGGCAUUUCAUCCUAUAUACUGCUGUUGGACAUUUGGACAGAGUUUCAAAGAACUGAAAAUAAACAAAAUGAGGAUGCUGGUUGAGAUGCCUUUGACCUAUUGUACAACUAAACAAUACUUCUGAAGGGCUGGAUUUUCCCCUUGCUGCUCUUACUGAUCCAGUCACUCAACUCACUGUGAAUCUCCAAACACUUCGGGGCUGGAAAAGAAAAUGUGCAUUCAUUGAUUUUGAAAAAAAAAAAAAAAGUAUUAAAAGCAGGCUUAUUUAGGUGUUAUUCUGUGUAUUUCAGGCACCUUAAACAACAAACCAUCAACCAUUCAGAUUGUGUUACAGGUGCAUUUAAAUGAAAGGAAACUGUCAUGUUAGAAAUACAGAAGGCCUGGCAAAGACACGGUGAGCCGCACAGACACUUUUAGGCAGAAUGGUGAUGAAACAAAGACCAACACUUGCCAGCCUCCACAAAAAAUAGAGACAAUUCUGAACCUUAAAAGCAAAAUCUAGCUACAAAAGAUGAAUCCGUCUGUAAGGGUCAAUGCUUUCAUUGUUCAUUCGAAACAGGUAUAUCUGUAGCUGUAAGGACAUAUUUACUGCUUCAAGCUAGAUUAGUUUAAUGUUUUCAUAAUGGGUUUACUGCUCCAAUACUGAUGCCAAAACUUCAUCGCUGAGCACUGUGCCAAAUCUAAAAAGCUAAAAGUUGAUGAGCAUCUGAUGAAUACGUUUAUUCAUUUUGGCAUUAUAUAUAUAUAUAUACUUUUUUUUUUGGUUUGCUUUAAAAGGAAUUGUCGGAGAGGCUGGUUCAGUUGUAUAAUCAGUGUGCAGGAAGAGCCUUAUUCCUUUUUCAAGUGACGUUUACUCUUACUAAUCUGCAUCUAUACUAUAGUCAUUUUAGCAAAGCAGCUUUCCUCUGAUCUGAAGUAGAAUAGAGUUCUCAUGUACAAAAAGCAAUCAACAGAAAACUAGCAAUGUUACAUGAUUUACAACACAUAUUGAUGGUGUGUUAUUCAGUGUUUAUAAUGCCAUUUAGUGGGAUACAAGACACAAGAGGAGACAAUGAUGACUCUUUGACGAUGUUUCAGUCAUUUCAGGAGUGUGAAAAAUGUAGACGAGUCAACUCCAUACUUCUACAAUCAUGUUGAUUCAGAGGCUGCAGAUGACGGAGAAUGAGGUUUCUGGCGACCAGCAAAGCCUUUCCUCAGCUGGCGCUGUUUCUCCCGACAUGUGUUCAUUAGUUCGAUGUAUUUGUAGGUGUGAAGGUUGAAAUGUGGGACUUCCGUUUGGAAAACAGUAACUCCAGUAGCCUGAGAACGAACUGUGAUGUUUGUGUCAUUAGCCAGCUCCAUAUUUGGGAAACCGGAACAGUAAAAAAAAAAAACGUCUGCCAGCACAACAGACUGAAGAAGGUUCUGAUUCAGAUUUCUAUCCUAUAGCUAAACUUCACAACUUCACAACUAAAGGUGAACUAUCACAUUGUUAUCUUUUCUUAGGACAAUGUGUCAGCAUGAAUUUAGAUAAUUGUCAUUACUAUUAUGAAUGCCGAUGGCAGCAUUUUACAAUUUAGUCCAUUAGUUGUAAAAGCAUCAUCAAUGCAGUAUAACCUUCAAUGGUUUCCUCUGAAGUGCUUCAAGGUGCAGGAGGAAAACGGGGCUCACACCAGCGUAGAUGGUGUGUUACCCACAGUACGUUCAAUUUAACAACCCAAACUUGCUCAAUAUCAACAUGUGACAACUUAUUUUUUCACUUCCUGCUUAUAGGAUUUGAGAAAACCUUACAAAACACAGUACCUUCACCUGGUUAGACUUCAAAACAACUUGCUAAUAGAAUAAUUGGAUUGAGUCUUUCUGUAUUUAGGGCAUUUGGUGGAAAGAGCAAAGAUCUCUCCACCAAAAUAAAAAGUUCCGGAGCAAAAACAGAAAAAAUUAUAUCCUCUGCGAGGGUAACUUCACAGCAGUUAGGGUCGUGUCAAUGUGGCAUCACCAGAGGAACGGAGGCCUAUAAUGUCAGACACAAUCCAUGUCAUGAGACAAGGCUGCUUGAUUUGAGAGCAGCUUUCAAAGGCUCUUACUGUUUCUGAAGAGAAAGUAGGCAGAACAUGUUGUGCCAAAUGAUGUUCACACAGAGCAAUCACAGAAACUUCAAAACUCUGCCAACAAUGUGAGAGCGUUGAGUCUGGACAAUCACUAUCAAAAGCACAGGAACCCGAGGAAAGGAGAGGAACAAAAAACUACGAUGAAUGUCAAUAUCGUCGCUCUAAAUAAGGCGUUUUGAAAACAAAAAAGUUUACUGUAUCUAUUUGUAUCUGUCUUUUAUACAUUUCUCAUCAAUAUAUGCUACAGCAAACUUUGUGGAUUACUUAUCUAUUAGGUUCCAUUAUGAUGUGCAGCUAUUUAUUUGCCGUAUUCUAAUAAAAGAUGUAAUGCCA